AUGUUGCUACGUCUAUUUAUCGUCUUGCUAGCCUCCUCUGUGCUAGAUAUAGUCCAGCAUCGCUCUGCCGCGACCACUAUGGCUUAUUCAAGUUUGUUUUCUGUCACCUUGUCUGCAAUAGAGAUGACUUCUAUCCACCACCGCCUCGUUAUUGCUCUCCUUUUUCUUCAUCUCGCCAGUUUAGCGCUCGACCCAGUGCGACAGUAUAGUGGCCAGGGUAUGAAAAGGAGCAGUGGAAAUAGCGAGAAAGAGACUGAAAGGGUGCCUGGGGGAAGCGGGUACACGGCUUCGCCAAAUCGUGGCCCGUCUCUUAGGUUGGCUUGUACACUUUCUUCAGACUUGUCUCCAUCGGCCAUCAUCCAUCAGCACCAUCAGCACCAUCCAAAGUUGCCAGUUUGGCAAAACCUUUCAACUCAACCCUACGAGGUUGAGCUCGACAUGCAAGACCUUUACGCUGAAGGGGUGGCCCGGAGCCCUGCUGCAAUUGCUCGCAGCACCUUCACCCGAGAUGUUCUCCAUUCCGCCUCGACAUCUGCAUCUGAUGCCGAGUAUAGACCGUAUUGUCAACUAGACCCUUUUUUUCACAUUCACUCUUCCCACGUCUGCUCUUCACACUCCGCCGCCUUCCAGAAGGGCUCACUCCCUCUCCUCCACAUGUCCAGUCUGCCCACGACCUGCCAGCGCCAGCAUCUGCUGCUCCCCUCGGCAGUCACAAUGCCCAAGUCCAGUCCCGCUCUUGCCGCGGCUGUAGCAGCAGCAGCUGCUGCCGCCGCCGCCGCCGCCGCCGCCAGUGCAGUCACACGUUCUGGAAGAAACUGUGCCAGUAUGAAUGGCUCGGCGUCGGAUUCCGAAUCGGACGCCAGACUGAGCCUUUGUCCGACUGUACAGUUGGAGCUGCCUGGCUCACCGUCUAAAGUCUCACUACCCUCAACCACAGUUGCUUCUUGUUCAUUUUCCUCCUCUUCAUCUUCCUUUUCUUCCUCCUCCUCCUCCACCUCUUCUUCUUCAUCCUCCCUCUCAUCUUCUUCAUAUGCUUCGGCCACCUCUUCGAAUCUGGCCAACGGCUUCGGACUUCUGGGUUGCCCGUCUGUCCCUUUAGUCCCUUCCACCUGCUCUUCUUCUUCUUUCGCCAUCGCUGCCGCCGCCCCCUCGACAUCCGCAUCAUCUUCGUCCUCCUCAGCAUUAUCAGAGUUUGUAUGUCUUUCGCAAGUUCAGAUGCGUAAAGUUGCCCGAAGCGGGGAGGUCGAUUUGGAAGAGAACGAAAAAGAGGAUGAUGGGGACGAGAGGGAUGAAGGGAACGGAGAGGAGGAAGAGGAUGAUGGAGAGGAGACAGCGGAUGAGGAGCAUGACGUUGUAACAGCAGAAGCUGCGGAGGAAAACGACGAGCCGAUGGUUGCACAUGAACGCAACGCGUUAUCGACGCCAAUACGCUCCUAUUCGCAUACAGCCAUUGGUGGAAUGAAAAUGUGUCCUGGUGACGACGACAAUGGUACUAUCAUCGGCCCGGCUGAGAAACGAUGGCAAACGACCUCUGCGGAAGAAGCAGAGGAUAGGCAAGAAGAUGAGGCUGUGACGGCGAUUGCAGUUUCUCUGGCUUGUCCAACGUCAGGGCAACUUCGUGACCGAAGAAAGCGCAAGCAUGUAUCGCGACUCGCUGGUGCUCCAGUAAAUUCAGGCCAGCCAAAUGAUUAUCUUAACAUUGACUCGCAACAUGUUAAUUCUACUCAUUCACUGCAUUCAGCAUCGCCGGUUUGUGAGGCAAGUGAGUCGAAGCGAAGUCGUGGUCCUGGUACGUUUGUAAAUGAUCCCUAUUCAGCGGAGGCUUUUGAUAAAGAGGCAGAUGCGCCUCAGUCUCCAGGUCCCGGGUAUGUUGUAAGCCCCGGCGGCGGCUUGACAACUGCUUCUUCAAAUAGUCACGGAUUGCCUUGUCCCUGUGGUCUGAGGUUUCCUAGUUCAACACAAUUCGUGCGUCACGCACGCCUCUGUCCCCAAUUCGCGGCAACCGCCGCCAGUUUCGCCGAGGCGGCGGCUGCUGUCGGCAACAGUCAACGAAGCUGUGAAGAAGAGAGUGCUUCCGAUUCACCGGAUGGAAUGGCAACUGGUCAGCAACAGCAGCGUAACGCAUUUUCGCGAUCCUUACAGACGUCGACAAAUUGCGGCCUGGUUUCUGAGUCGUCAGUGUCUGUACACCGGCGAUCUACGACCAGAUCGAGUGACCAGACCAAUUUGAGCCAUCGUCAAGUAGCAGUGAACACUGGAGCUGGUCGAGCCCUCGAUCUCUCCGUCCGUGGAGCCUUGUUGCCGUCGUCG